UGGGAAAAGGCGGCUCCCGGCAGGCCGGGAUUCAAACGGUCGGCGGGCGCGGCGCGUGCGGCCGGUGGUUUCCCUGGGGACGGCGCUGCCCGGCCCGGCCCGGUCCGGCCCGGCCCAGCCGCCCCCAUGUCGGCGCGGCUGGUGGGCCCCGGGCCCUACCGCGCCACGCGGCUGUGGAACGAGAUAAUUGAACUCUUUCGUGCCGCGAUGCCCUUACGGAAGCAUCGGUGCCGCUUCAAAAGCUACGAGCGUUGCUUCAAAGCCUCAGAGGCCGUGGACUGUUUACAUGAACUACUCGGCUCCAAUCAAAACUUUGGCCCUGAAGUGACUCGCAGUCAAACGGUUAAGCUGCUUAAAAAGUUCCUGAAAAAUCAUGUUAUUGAAGAUAUUAAAGGAAGAUGGGGUAAAGAGGACUUUCAAGAUGAUGGCCAUUUGUAUAGAUUUCCUCCUUCCUCACCUCUGAAGCCAUACCCAAAGAAACCUUCAUUUGGAAAGGAAGUCAUUAAAUUUCCAGACUGGAAUGAAACAAAGGUUGGCGUUUCCCAAGAACACAUCCCGGUGAAAUCUGUCACAAUGAACUCUGAAAUGUGGUACAAGCGUCACAGUAUAGCUAUAGGGGAAGUACCAGCAUGCAAACUUGUUCUCCGCAGGGAGUUAACACAAGCAAAUAUAGAAGAGAUAUGGAAGUCCAUGACUUUGUCACGGCUACAAAAGGUCUUGGGUUUGAAUUCUCUGGAUGAAGUGUUGGACACAAAGCUUGUGAAUUCAAAGCAUAUUGUCCAAAAUGCAUACAAUGUCAAUAAGCAAGGCAUCGUCACUUUAGAAGACAAGUCAAAGGACCUACCUCACUGGAUAUUGUCAGCAAUGAAAUGCCUAGCAAAUUGGCCAAGCUGCUCAGAUUUGAAGCAGCCUACAUAUUCAGGAUUUGAAAGAGAUGUCUUCAAAACUAUAUUGGACUACUUUGGCCAGAUGAAAGAACCGCUUCUUACAUUUAAUUUUUUUGAUAUUUUUGUCUGUGUGUUAGGUCUGUUGCAAAAACACAGCAAGGCUGUAGAAGCUCUUCAAAUAUCUUGUCUCCUGCUGCCACCAGAAAAUCGGAGGAAACUACAGCUGUUAGUGAGGAUGAUGGCAAGAAUUAGCUUUAACCAAGAUUUGCCACCUCUUUCUGAAUCAGUGAGGACCAGAACCUUGAUGGUUCAGGCAUUUUCCCGUUGCAUUCUUUGCUCUAAAGAUGAAAUGGACUUGGAUGAACUGCUUGCUGCUAAACUAGUAUCUUUUCUCAUGGACAAUUAUCAAGAGAUCUUAAAUGUUCCUUCUUCCUUGAAGUCGUCUAUAGAGGAACAUGUUGUACAUAUCCAAAGAGUCCAAAUAAAAUACACUGGAGCUGACACUGAUGCAACUUUUCCUGCUUCAUCUUUUUGUCACCAAAUCAGCACAGAUGAGUUUGAAUACCAAAGGGCUACUGGCUCUCAAGAACCACUGGCAGCUUUAUUGGAAGAAAUAGCAAUGAACAAAGAAAUAUCUGUGAAAGACAAGAAGAAGAAGCUCAAACAAUUUCAGAAAUCUUACCCUGAAGUGUACAGAGAACGAUUUCCUACCCCUGAAACUGAAGCAGUACUAUUUCAUGAAAAAUCUAAACAGAAACCACCAAUUCUGAUGUGGGCCUUAAAAAAGCCUUUUCAACCAUUUCACAGAACCAGAAGUUUUCGGAUGUGAACGGUUUAUAAUACAUCAUCGAACUGAGUCAGAACAUAUCAAUCGAUCUCAUGCAAAAGGAGCCUAAGCAGCAUGUAAUUAACUCAUUAAAAAAAAAAAGUACUGGGGAUACUAUUGAGACUGUUUAAAAAAAAAAAAGGUCAAAAGAAGAGGAAAGUAUUGAGGAGUUAGGAAUGUGAACCAAUAUCAGUAUUUUUGUAAAACACUUUAAAAAUAUUUUGUAUUUUUUAAAAAACUUGAUGAUUAAUUUACAUGGGUGAUAAGGUACACUUGCUGUAGUUUGACCAUUUCAAGGUCUAAAUGUAUUUGUGUAAUGUUGUUGUUAGUGAGCAGCAUUUUUUCCUGAAAAUGAAUCUCUUAUGUAAACUAGUUUGCCUUUGUUCACGCGUAGCUUGAGAAAUUCAUAUUCUGUACAGAAUUGAAUAAGUAUGAAACACUGGAUUUUUUGAUAAUGUGUACGCUAGCCUAGUGUUCUUAAUAUGUAAGGUUUAUUUCAGAAAACUGUAAAGACUCAUUCUUAAUUUUAAUUCUUAUGAUGCAUUAUAGCUUGACCCAACUCCUGUUGAAGUUCCAUGGAUUUCGCUAUUGCAGACCUAGUCUGUUAAUCAACCCAGUCCUUUAACUAUUUUCCAUAACUCUUACUAAAUAUUGCUGGACAAAAUUGGAUGCCAGUCCAAUAGAACACAUUUUAUGAGAAAAAUCUGAAGCCUUACAUUUCUUAGUUUAAUGAUUUCAUUUGUUUUACAUUAUGAAACCUACUGCACUGUGUAUACCUUGAUUGUGACAGCAUCUCUGAGCUAUUAAAGCAUUAAUGUUUUCAGGUAUUUACUUAGUGAUAGUUUCAGGUUAUCCAUUAGAGUUCUAAAGAACAAUAUUUCGUACCUAACUGAAUGUCACAAAGCUUAUGCAGUAGAGAAGAUAGCUGACAUCUCAACAAUUAUGUCUGAAAUUCUAAUAAGCAGCAAGGUGAUUAUUGUGGAAUGAAACAGUGAGCAUUUUCUCUUUGCUAACCCCCUAACCAGUCAAUAAGCGUUAAGAUGUAUAUUGUGAGGUUGCUAACUUAGCAGACUGCAGUAUUUCUCAGGUAUAGUGCUUUUGAUGAACAGCGUUUGUUUCCAUGAUCUGCCUUCAUACUUGGAGUUCAUAUCAGUAAUCAUUGUUUAAACAAAAGUGAUACAAAAUAACUUUGUUCUUGUUUGAUAUUAAGAAAAUAUUAAUAUUAAAAGUAGUCUGAGGCCACUUCUUACCUUUUGUUCUAGGUCUCUGAAGGUGAUGUAACUUCAUAAAUUUGUGAUGGCUUGCUGUUUAUGCUUAUCUGCAGUUAUCUUAGACUGACUAGACUACUUGUAUAAUCAUUUGGUUACAACAGUAAUGCAUGAAGCAUAAGAACAGCUAUUAGGAAAGUGUCUUGCUUAAAAAUGAGGAAGCCAACUCUAAGUCACCUGCCAUUUGCUCAUAACUGCAGAGGAGAGGUAGGAAGUAAUCUCACUGCUUGCUGAUAAGCCUUCUAGUGUCACAUUGAAUGGUUUCCCCACUGUUCCACUCCUACUACUCAUAUAGCCAUCUUUAGCCUGUUUUAAACAGCAAUUAGUGUUCACUCAUUAGUUUCCAGUAGUAGAAGUUGAAGAUAUGACACAUUUCUGUGGGUCAACUGCACUUGUGUAGAAGGCUGCUUGAAAGCUAGCUGAGAGAAGACUGACCUUGAUUCACUGUCUAAGAAAAAAACACAACACUUUAUCUCCCUAAGCUAUAGUCAAUAGAAACUUCAGUUUUCAUAUUAAUGUUCUCAGGAAUUUAACUUUUACUGCUGUAUUAAAACCCUUCAGUGUCUUGAUGUUGCCAAGACUGAACAACCUGAGAUCUAUUAGGUUUAUUUCCCUUGAACUGUGAGGCCAGACAUUCUUUGGCUUAUCUCAGUGGCUGUUUACUGAAGAGGCUCACUAAAUUAAGUCUUAGCAGGCACCCUUUUUAAACACAGCAGGUGGAAGACUCAAAGGUAGAUGUUGUUGGUUUAGUUGCUUUUUCUUCCUAUUUAAGGAUGAUAAAUUCAUGUUUGUCAUCUAAGAGCAUUAUCUUAAAUAUCCACUUGUAAGUUCAUAUGUAAAGAGGAGCUAAUUUGUCAUUAGAUUUGGACAAUGUACAA